CCUCCUGCCGGGAGGGAAACAUUAACUUGUAGCUCUGCUGUCCUUUGGGGUGAAAGUGGCUAAAAAAAAGCACCUCGCGGAGCACAGCCCGCGGCUGCGCAGGCGAAAACGACAAUGCAAAUCCCUAUUUUUACGGUCGAUGCGUUUACACACCGGCCGUUCUCUGGAAAUCCUGCGGCAGUUUGUCUACUUGAAAAUGACUUGGAUGAAGGUUUGCACCAAAAAAUCGCAACAGAAAUGAACCUUUCAGAAACAGCUUUCAUCAGAAAGCUGCACCCUGGAGAUGAUUUUACCAAAAGUUCUUGCUUUGGACUCAGAUGGUUCACCCCAGCCAAUGAAGUUCCUCUCUGUGGUCAUGCUACACUUGCAUCAGCUGCUGUGUUGUUUCAUGUACAAAAAAAUACAAAUUCAGUUCUCACAUUUGUGACACUGAGUGGGGAAUUAAAAGCCAGACAAAUGAAAGAUCAUAUUGUCCUGGACUUGCCACUUUACACGACGUACCCACAGGUCCUUCAGGAAGUAGAAGAAUUAAUAAAGGCAGCUGUUGGUGACAUGGUUGUUCAAGAUCUUCGGUAUUCGCCUGACACAAAGAAGCUGUUAGUCCGCCUCAGUGAUACUUAUGAAAGGUCUGUGUUGGAAGAACUGAAAGUGAGUGCACAACACUUCUUGUCAGCUGAAAAGACUGGGAAGGUGAAAGGACUCAUACUCACCCUUAAGGGAAAUUCCAGUGGAAAAGGCCAUGAUUUUUACUCCAGAUAUUUUGCACCUUGGUAUGGAGUUCUGGAAGAUCCAGUUACAGGAUCUGCCCAUGCUGUUUUGAGCAGCUACUGGUCAGAGCAGCUGGGGAAGAAAGAAAUGCUUGCUUUUCAGUGUUCCUGUCGUGGAGGAGAGUUGAAGAUUUCUGUGCGGGGUGACGGAAGAGUUGACAUUGCAGGGCAAACUGCUGUUGUAUUGAAAGGAAACCUGACUUUCUGA